AUGGUGCACUCGUCUCGCGAAGCCACAAGGGAGGAGCGAGCGCAGGGAGCCUUUGUGAAGGAUAUGGUGGAGCGACAGCUGGGGUUAGGCCGCCCUCUCUUCCCAGCGCAUAGGAUCGACCGGCCCGCCAGUGGGGUGCUCGUGUUCGGGCGGACAGCAGAGGCGUGUAGGAGAGUGCGAGCAGCCAUGGCUCACCCUUCAGCCAUCAAGGAGUACCUAGUCCUUGUGCGAGGCUCCCCCCCUAACGAGUUCACGUGUGACAAGCCAUUGAAGGACGACCGGGACGCACUCAAGCCCGCCCUCUCCCACUUCAGAAGGCUCCUGGAAAUUCCGCAGCACCGCUGCGCGCUGCUGUCAGUGCGAAUAUCCACGGGCCGCCGGCACCAGAUUCGGCGGCACCUGAACCACCUCGCCUUUCAAGUCAUAGGCGACUCGGUGCACGGCAAGGGCCGCAUCAACGCCCACUUCCGCCAGAACCACCACCUGCCGCCCUCCCGCCUCUUCCUCCAUGCUGCCCGCCUGCUGCUGCCGCUGCACGCGCAUGCACCUGAAGCAGAGCCUCUCCCAUUGCUCACACCUGACGGCAGAUUCAUAGAUGCACCUGAAGAGGAAUCUUCACACCCUUUAAACACACCUGAAAGAGGUUUUCCCCUCUUGCAUGCCCUUGAAGGCGAGUUUUCCUACCUCCAUACACUUCCGGUAGUAUCUACUCUGGAGAGUAGUGUGGGGAGGGCAGAGGGACUGCUUGAGAUUGUUGCUCCAUUACCAGAUGACCUGAUUCAGGUGUUGCUCUCUCUUGGCCUAGACACGGAUACGAUUAUUAGUCUUAAUCAAUUUAAUUUAGCUCCUGAGACUCAUCUAGAUCGUGUAAGAGGAGUGUGA